AAACCACACAUAAACACAUACGCGAAGAUGGUCAAGAUCAGUUAGUUGAUAAAUAAAUCGGAUACGAAGCGGUCUAUAGUGUAGAAUAAAUAGAAAUAAAUUAAUGCAAAUUAAAAAAAAUAAGUGUGGUGUUUAAAAAGUUAAAAUAGCAGACGUUUAAAAAGGCGGCGCCAUGCGAGGCCUACUCCUCCUCAUCUCAACCCUGGCAGUGCUAGCUGUGACGUCACGCAGUCAGAUCACCAGGACUGUCGGCAGGCUGCAGGAAGUCUUCGCGUGGAAACAGAUCACUUUUAACAUCAACGGGAAUGACAUUACGCAAGACAGAUAUGGCGAUGACGACCUGGAUAUGACGAGGGACAAGCGGCAAGCAGGGUCGGUGUUCUUCAAUAACGAUGAUGAUGACGCGGUGCGGAACUGGAACCAGACUUCGCAGAACAAGAGAAACAACCGCCCAAACAACAGGCCCCGGCCUAUGUGGGGUAAUUGGCCCACUACCUCAUCGACAACGACACCUACUCCAAGCGAUGAAGCUGGCAGGUUCUUCAUUCAAUACAACAACCUCCCUAUGGGGGUGGAGAGGGUUGACAACCGGCUGUUUAUCACCCUGCCGAGGAGACGAUACGGAAUACCAUCAACCCUCAACUACCUGGACCUCACCAGAGACUCGAACACCCGCAGCCCGGGGCUCCGUCCCUACCCCAACCUGCGCGACUCGCGGGCUCUGACGUCCGUCUAUCGGACCAGGGCUGACUCCUGUAACCGGCUGUGGAUGGUCGACACUGGUUUGCUGGAGAUACCUAACGACAGACAGCAAGUUCGUCAGCCGGCUGUGGUGGUAUACGACCUGCGCACUGACAGACAGAUACUACGAUACGAACUCAAGAGUACCGAUAUCAUUGCUGCCAACACACCCACUGGCUUGGCCUCGAUAACCCUGGACAUCGUGGACGACUGCGCCAACACCUUCGCGUACAUCCCGGACCUGGCCACAUAUGGGCUGAUCGUAUACUCCCUACGAGAUAACGACAGCUGGCGACUCACACACAACUACUUCAGCUUCAACCCCAUAGCUGGGAACCUUCGACUUGCUGGUCAACGGUUCCAGUGGAGCGACGGCAUCUUCUCCGUGACCCUGACGGAGCCCCGCGGGGGCUGCAGCAGCGCCUACUUCCACGCCAUGGUGGGCACACACGAGUUCAGCGUGUCCUCGUGUGUCCUGCGCAACAGGACCGCUAGUCAAGAUCCCAAUUUCUGGUCACAAUUCUCGGAGGUGGGCGACCGCGGAGCCAACAGCCAGAGCACGAUGCACGGCUACCACGCUGGCACCCGUGUGGUCUUCUUCGCUGACAUUGGCCGCGACGCCAUAUCCUGCUGGAACACAGCCGCGGCGCUGACUCCUGCUGCUGUCGAGAUCCUUGCCAAAGAUUCUACAAGGCUGAGCUACCCUAGCGACCUGCACGUGACUGGCGACGAGGUGUGGGUGAUGGCCAACAGCCUGCCCACCUGGGCGUACAGCCGGCUGGACACCAACGAAUACAACUUCUUCAUUUACAAAGCGAAUGUCCAGGACUUGAUAUCCGGGACGGUGUGCGCUGGACGCGGGCGCGUGAGGGUCAACACCAGGACAGGAACUGAUAAAGAAGAGAAUAAUAAUACUACAACCACUUAAAUAGCUCUGUAACCUUGUUUGAGGUCUCCACACGCAGGCGGUAGAGGGAUCGAGAUUGUUUUUUUUUUGACGUGAGUUAUUUUAGAUUUGCCGCAGGCAUUAACUACUUGGCCGGACAAAUGGGGAGCGCUUGAGGCUCUCACCCGGUACAACGUUUAAGGCAACACGCCUGAGGGGUGCAAGAAAGUCUCCUACUUAGAAAAGAUUAUUUACAAUAUUUUUGUAAUUUUUGGCGAAACUACACCUUUUGCGAUUGUUAAUAUUAAUAAGACACAAAUCACUUUGGAAAAAAAUACAGAGUCAGUUAGUAAAGUAAGCCACGUUUUUAGGACCAAUUCACACAUGGUCGUUACAUGAGCCAUGCCAGGGGCCAUUGGCGAAAAGUAACGGUAACAUGCAUCAUCGUUAAUUUAAGAGCCACGCUCUUGUCGAUGUAGCAUUCUCCAUACUACAUUUUUAGGGAGAUAUAAGGCAGUGGCGUCCCUCUUGACCCCAACACUUCACACCCGGACACUUCACACCCGGACACUUCUCACCCCGGACACUUCACACAACGCCAUCAUGUGCAACGCGAUAUUUUUAUAUCACGGUCAUUUUAUCGAUGUAUCGAUCUUUUAAAUAUCGUGUACGGUCACGAGCAUUAAUAUGUAUACACUUUGGUACCAUGUUACAUUAACUUUUUUGACAAAUUGAACUGUAAGUCUCACCACGUCUCACUAAGUGUCAAAUAUGUUAGUGCGACAGAGUCCUAAAGUGGGUAAAUUAUAUUGCUCAUGAUUGUACACGGUAAUAAUGCGAUUUUCGUAUGGAGUAACGACCCCAACGCCCUCUCGUGUGGAGAGCUUUAGCAAGUACUAAGAUCGAUGAACCAAUGUGAUAGAUUUCUCAUGUUAGACUAAGUAUAAAUGUUUUGUAUUAGUUGGUAAGAUUUUUUUACGAUCUGGAAUUAAAAACGAUACUAUCUUACAAAA